AUGACGUCUACCUCCUUCCUUGAACACCUGAAUUGUUCCGUCUGCCACUUGAGCUUUUCAUUUGGGCCUUCCAGCGCUCUGUCGCCCGAUCGCUCCACCUCGGCGGGCGAAGUCCCUUUUUGGAUCGGCGAGCCCAAGGCUUACCCCCAACGCUUUCUUCAUCCGCCAAAGAUCCCCGACGAUGUCAGUCGACUUCUCCGGCCGGUCGACAUGUCCUUGGCCGACAUCAUCGGCGCUUAUCGCUUCCAGAUCGAGCAAAUGGCGAACAUGAUUGCAGCCAGCUUCCUCAAAUCGCAGGCGCAUAGACACAAGCAGGUGCUCGUUCACGUCAAAGGAGACCUUCGACAAGCGAGAAAGAUCAAAAAGGAGCUGGAAGACGCCAAGGCAGAAAACCGGAUCUUGACCGACAAGAUCAGAGCAUGGCAGCUGCUCUCGGAGGGCAAGCAGGGCCAAGCCCAGCCGAGUCAGUCUGAAACUUCUCGUUUCGGAGCUCAGGCUUUACAGACCCUUCAAGACGGGCCUGCAGAACGUGCGGAGCGGUUCAUACUAAUCAACCCCGCUCAAGAGCACCUUCGCAGCGACAAUCAGCUGGACCCAUUGCCGCACGGACUCUUCAUCAAGCAAAAUCCUCAACCGCCCCAGGAUCGACCAUUUCUUGCUGGCUUUUUGUGCGGCAGUAGAUCGCACCAACGUCCGUCGACGUGCUCUUCGGAGGUCUUCGCCUUCAAGCCACCGCCUUUUGCAGAAGUAUCGCCGUGUCCCCGUUGGAGCCGGCCAGAUGAUGCAGAGAGCAACGUCCCGCAGCAACAACCGGCACCCCUCUUCCGGGGCAUGGCCGCACCAGCCGCUCAAAAUCACACCACGCAAUUGGCGAGCCCCAUGCAGGCCCAAGUCCAGCACCAUGGCCCGCGUGCCUCUUCGCGACAUGGGCCCAUGCACAUGGUUGGCAUGCCAUCCGGCAUAGCCUCGAGCUCGCGUUCCAUGCCCACAUUGGCACGAACCGAGGAAGAGCUGGCUCCGCGCCAGCAUGUUGGCGCCUGGCAUACCGCAAGAAUGUGGGGCCCGAGCAGGAGGACAGAAUCGCCCGCAAGGGGAAGCCUCGGUGCACCUAUGGCGAGGUUGCCUGCAUCUGAGCGGUCGCACGCACGACGAGAUGGAUUGGCACCGGUCGGGCACCAGACUCAUACCGUCAAGAAGGAAUGA